AUGGCAAAUCCCAAUCAGUACUUCCUGUUGGCGGAUCACAUCAAGCUCUCCUUAUUGGAAAGACAGCGGGCCAUUUCAUUAAACCUAGAACCGACAUCUCAAGAUGGCCAUAUAUCCAGAUCUCUAGAUUCAUUGCGGGAAGGAUUGGAGAGCGUCACAAACGAACGGAUACGAUUAGAAGAAGCAGGAGAGACGUCAGCAUCUCUCACUAUGCAAGAAACGGAACACAAACUACAAAUACAGUAUAAUGAUUUAGCAUCCCAGUUCCGCGGCACUCCAACAGAUACCACCGCCUCAACAAUGUCCCAACCCAACAACCCCUCUCUUUCCAGCGACUUCACACGAGCCUCCGAACGACCUCGAAUUACGUCCUCUUCCUCCUUUCUCAAGAAAUCUCUCCGCGGUACAGAUAGCGCAGCCGCAACCAACUCCCCCAAAUCAGUCCGCUUCUCAGACGCACCAAUCAUCCAAGACGAAGACGAGGCUCGAAAUGCCCUCUUCCCCUACCGGGACGAUCCUACAUCUGGACCUCCCGAUCAAUCACAUCUCGAUAACCAGCAAAUCCAUACCUAUCACUCACAAGUCCUGGCUGAUCAGGACGAGGCGCUGGAUCGGUUAGGGGAGUCGAUAGGGAGGCAGAGGGAGCUGAGUAUUCAAAUAGGAGAUGAGUUGGACGAGCAUGUGCAGAUGCUGGAUGAGGCGGAUGGGCAUGUGGAAAGACAUACAACGACGUUGAAUAAGGCGAGGAAAAACCUGGGGACUGUUGCGAGGAAAGCGAAAGAUAAUAUGCAGUUGACGAUUAUUUUGAUCUUGAUCAUCAUCCUUGUUUUGCUUAUCAUCAUACUUAAAUAG